UGUCGGGGAGGAAAGCCUGUGAGUGUGUGUGUGUCUGCGUGUGUCACUUUGUGUUGGUGAACUUGUUUUGUGUCGUCUCUUGGUAUUAUGUAGCGCUUUCUCUCUUCUCGUGCAAGCAUGGAAGCCACUGCAAGCCAUGAUCGACACACAAACACACACUGACACACACACACACACACACACACAUGCACUGGCACAUACGCGCGUGCACGAAUGGGUCCAUUUUAAUUCCAGUUGGUGGCUGCAGCCGGCGUGCUUAACGACGGGUAGAUUUUAUAACAUGACACGCUUAAAUUGAUCGUCUUUAUUGUGCGAGUCCACAGGAUGCAUGAGCGGAAGCCUGAUGACCUUAUCGUUUUGAUGUCCUUUUCAUCAUAUCGCGAUCAUUAUCCUCAAAGGCUUCACAGCGGCUGUUGUGGUGUUUUGCGCAGAUCUCUCCCAAAUAAUGUCAUAUAAGGUCGACCCGCUCGUCGUCAGGAGGAACCAUGCCAGCAUGAGUGGGGCUUACCCAGGCCCUGGCAGGGAGACUCAUCAGUCCAGCUGCCCUUUGACCCCCGGUCGCGACCUCUCCACCUCAAGACACCAUGACAACAGGAUCGGGUUAACCAUGUCUGCCUCCUCCCUCAAGCAUGCAUCCAUGUAUGGGUUUACAAAAACGGACCACUCCUCCUCUUCUUCUUCAUCCUACAGUCCUCUCAGGAGGCUGCAGCAUCUCACCUCCAUGGUGAGCCAGCCGGACCUUGUGGUGCCAGUGAGGGAGCCAGAAAGGAGCUGGGAGUGGGGACCGAAUAAGAAGGAGAGGGGGAAGGAGUUGGAGACGGAUUCCUGGGCUGAUUGCACUAGUGGUGAUUAUUCUGGCAGCCAAAACACAAGCAGGGAGGAAAGCUAUUGUGGCUCUUCUGCUGGACAAAAACAACCUGUGGUCCAGAGUAGAAGUCGAGACACACCUGCAGCUCCUGACGUCUCGGAGAAAAAGACAGAAGGUCUUUUCUCAGGCCCGCCCAGCCCGGCCUUUUCUCUGGACAGCAACAGCCCCUUUGCUAACGGCUUCCUCCACUUUGAGUCCUCUUUGUUUGAGGAUGACGAUGAAGAGCAGGAAGCGGUGUCACCUCUGGGAGGAGGCUUGCAGGACAAAAACGACAGGCCGGAGAAUCUGCUCCCAUCCACUCCAGGAAACGUGAAUUCAGACUCCAAGGAUGCUACCCUGUCAUCAGCCAAGGUGGUCACCCGGUCCCAGUCCUCGGGUCAGCGCAGGAGAUACUGGGACGGCUCGGAUGACGAGUGGGAGAGCGGCUCCGAGCUGCUCCUGCUUGACGAUAGUCCCACAAGGAAUUCAAUGCAGAAAAAGUCUGUGCCGCCUCUGAAGUUUUUAGAGGGUGAAGUUAUUUGGGCAAAGUUCAACCGAAGACCAUGGUGGCCCUGCGAGGUGACCGUCGACCCCGUACAGGGAAUCUAUCACAAAGUGAAAGAGCCCAGUGACCGGCCCUGUCGGAUUUACCAUGUCAGGUCCUUUGGGGAGCCUUCGGAGCUAACCUGGGUGGAUGAAAAAUCAACUCACAGUUUCCACGGAGGCUUUGAAUUUGAUCAGCUCCCCCUACUGCGCCGGAAGGGAAAGCAAAGGGAGCAGAACUACAAAAACACUAUUGCAAAGCGUUUUCAGGACUCAUGGAAAUCCAGUGUGGCAGAAGCUGAAUUUGUUGUCCAAGCAAGACACCAAAUGUCUUCUUCCUUUCCUCCGUUCAUAGAGGAUGCCUUUCAAGACAGUUUCUCACCGACCGAGCGCAAGGCCAAUCCAACUUCUACUCCCUCGACUUCACCGACCCUUCCUGACACUUUCUACAUGACCAAUGGGUCCAUUUCACCCCCAAUUACAACUCCAGAAAAGCCAAGCACUUUAAAAAAAUCUUCUGGCAAAAAGCAACCAAGUAAAUCAUCAAAGGGCAGUUGUAGUAAACACUCCAAAAAGACAAAGACGUUGCGUAAUAGUCCUGACCAAUCAGAGAGAGACAAUGGAGAGUGCCCAUAUUCUGACAUUGACUCAGUCCCUAAGAUUUUGUGUCCUAAAGCACUUGAACGUCAGUCUAAGCUAGCUCCAACUCAGCCACUGGUUACAAUUGUUAAAGAGGUGAAGAAGCAGCCGGAGAUUCAGACUGGUCUUUGGUUCAGUAAAUCAUGCAAAGACAGGCGGCCUAAAACCACCAGUCCAAUGUCAGACCGUAAUCGCUUUAGUAAGGUGCCCUGUAAGAAAAAAAACACAUUUGCAGUAAGUAAGAAGUCACUACCUCCUAGUUUCUCCACCUCCAGUGAGCAGCCAGGUUUUUCAGACAAGCAUAAGAUUCCUGUUGAAACAAAACUGUCACCUGAACAGCCAGGGAAUUUGAAGAGUAAAAACUCUGUGGUUGCUAACAAGCCAUUCGGAACAACUAGCACUACCCCUUACAAGUCAGGUUUGUCAGACAACCAUAAGACUCUGGAACCUGCUGAAUUAAAUCUGACAACUGAACAGCCACAACAUUUGAAGUGUAAAAACACAUUGGUGGCUAAUCCGUCUUUGGGUACAACUUCAAGUACGACAGAGCGUUCAGGGUUUUCAGAAAAGCAUAACACUCCGGUAACUGCUGAAAAAAAUCUAGUACAUAAAGAGCCAGGACAUUUGAAGUGUACAAACACAAAGGUUGCUAAUAGGCCUUUUAGUAAAACUGUCAGUACCAAUGACCUAUCAGGGUUGUCAGACAAGCAGAGCUCACUGGUCUCUGAUAAGUUAGACAUGCCCAAUGAUAAGUUUAGAUAUUCAAAGAAUAGAAAGACGAUUGAACCGGUUACAGUCUCACCAUCGGACCAAUUGGGUAGGUCACAUGUAAAAAAGAACAUAAAGCCCAGCCCAGUCAUUUUCAAUGAUCAGUCCAUGUUGAAUGUAAAGACAGUCAGUGAAACUCAACAUUCAGACACAAUGGCUAAUUAUAAGGUCCACGUAAUCGACAGGAUUUCUGACAAAGCAGACGAAAAGCAUAGAAAAAAGUUGAGUGUAAAGAAAUUCAGUGAAACACAACAUUCAGACCCAGUGACUACAAAAAAGGUCCAAGUAAUCGACAGGGUUUCGGACCAAGCAGAAGGAAAGGAGUGUAAAAAGUUGAGUGCUAAGAAAAUCAGUCAUACUCAAGAUUCGGACACAGUGGCUAAUAACAAGGUCCAAGUAAAUGACAGGAUUUCUGACCAAUCAAAAGAAAGACAAAGUAAAAAGUUGAAUGUAAAGACAGUCAGUCAAACUCAACAUUCGGACGCAACAGCUGGUAAAAAGGUCCAUGUAAUCGACAGGACUUCUGAUCAAGCAGAAGAGAAGCAAAGUAAAAAGUUGAAUGCAAAGACAGUCAGUCAAACUCAACAUUCAGACCCAAUGACUAAAAAAAAGGUCCAUGUAAUCGAUAGGACUUCUCACCAAUCAGGAGAAAAAGAAAGUAAAAAGUUGAAUGUAAAGACAGUCAGUCAAACCCAACAUUUAGAAACCAUUGUAAAUAAAAAGGCCCAUGUUGGCCCAAUGGACAGGAUUUCUAAUCAAGCAGAAGAAAAACAAAUUAAAAAGUUGAGUUCAAAGAGAGUCAGUCAAACUCAACAUUCAGAUGCAACGACUUGUAAAAAGGUCCAUGAAAUUGACAGGAUUUGUGACCAAGUAAAGGAAACAGAAAGUAAAAAGUUGAGUGUCAAGAGAGCCAGUCAAGCUCAAUAUUCAGACACAUUGGAUAAUAAAAAGGUCCAUGAAAUUGACAGGAUAUCUGACCAAGCAGAAGUAAAAGAAAGUCAGAAGAUGAGUAAAAAAAGAGCCAAUCCAACUCUUCAUUCAGACACAAUGGUUAAUAAAAAGGUCCAUGAAAUUGACAGCAUUCCUGAUCAUACAGAACAAAAAGAAAGUAAAAGGUUGAGUAAGAAAAGAGCCAAUCAAACUCAACCAUCAGACACUAUGGUUAAUAAAAGGGUCCAUGAAAUUGACAGGAUGUCCGAACAAUCAGAAGAAAAGGAAAGUACAAAGUUUAGUGUAAAGACAGUUCGACAAAAUCCACAUUCAGACAUGUUGGCAACCAAGAAUGUCCAUGCAGUUGACAGGGUUUCUGACCAAAGAGAAGAUAAACAAAUACAAAAGUUAAGUGUAAAGAGCUUCAGUCGAACUAAACAUACAGACACAAUGUCUGAUAAAAUGGUCCAUGUAGUUGACAGAAUGUCUGACAAAUCAGAAGAAAUCGAAAGUAAGAAGUUGAGUUCAAAAAGAGUCAGUCAUACUCCACAUUCAGACGUGGUGGUUAAUCAAAAGGUCAAAGCAAUUGACAGGGUCUCUGACCAAUCCGAAGCAAAAGAAAGAAAAAAGGUGAGUGUAAAGACAGUUAGUCAAGCUGAACAUUCAGACUCAGUGACUAAUACAAAGGUCCAAGUAAUGGACAAGGUGUCGGAUCAAUCAGAAGGAAAGGAGGGUAAAAGGUUGAGUGCUAAGAGAAUCAGUCAUACUCAACUUUCAGACUUGGUGGCUAAUAACGCGGUCCAAAUAAUUGACAGGGUUUCUGACCAAUCAGAAGAGAGGGACAGCAAAAAGUUGAGUGUAAAGAGACCUAGUCAAAUGGAACAUUCAGACUUGUUGGCUAAUAAAAAGGUACAAGUCAUCGACAGGGUUCCUGACCAAGCAGAACAGGAGGAGGGUAAAAAGUUGAGUGCUAAGAGAUUCAGUCACACUCAACAUUCAGACUUGGUGACUAAUAAAAAGGUCCAAGUCAUCGACAGGGUUCCUGACCAAGCAGAACAGGAGGAGGGUAAAAAGUUGAGUGCUAAGAGAUUCAGUCACACUCAACAUUCAGACUUGGUGGCUAAUAAAAAGGUCCAAGUCAUCGACAGGGUUCCUGACCAAGCAGAAGUAAAGACUUCAUCAGCCAGGUUACAUUUUGAUGCUAUUGAUCCAUUAGCAAGGCUAGAAAUGCAAACAAGUCUAGUCUCCAAGUGUAGGCUACCUUUUGUCAAAUUAAUACGCAAAGACAUGAAGGGUAAGAAGUUCUUCAACUCCACUGUGACCCUUAAUCCCACUGACCAACCUGGAUGUACAAAGAAUGAAAUACCAGAUGCUAAAGUAACUCAAAUGUCCUCUAAACAACCAGAUUGGGUGAACGGCAAGGCAAGUGUCUCCAUUGAUCAUGCAGUCAGUUCAGAAUCCAUAAAGGUCUCAGUUAAGAAGUUAAAAGCAACUGGUGGGACAGGUAUCCUCCGUCUCUCGUCAGAAUCAUCACAAGGUAAACCUAUUGUUGCAUCCAAAGUGGCGAAUGUGCCUGAUGAGAUUUGUAGCCCAGAAUCAGAAAAGUUACCCGUUUUAAAUGUAAGCAACAUGACUUGCUCACUGUCAAACCAAUCAGAAGGUAGGAAGACUCUUGCAUCCAAUGAAACAAGCAUGUCCACAGACCAGAUAGGCAACUCAGAACAAAAAAUGACCUCUUCCGCUACUACAGCUUUUGAUAAAACUCUAUCGUCUCCGUCUUCAGCAAAAGCCAAGAAAGUUGUCUCUAAAUUAAAGCUGGUUUCAGAUGAAGUCAAUAAGAUUGUACUCCAUGAGCAGCCUACACACCUCCCAGCCAGCAAUCGGUUGAUGACCAGAGCCCUAAAGGCCAUGCAGGAGGUGGAGCAAAGAAAGCUGGAAAAAGUCAAGAAGAAGGCAGAGCAGAACAAACUCUUAAAUCCAUACAAAACAACGGAAAAUAUUGCAUGUAACUCUGCAUGUAACUCCAAACUGGAUCAUUGCACUAAAAUCAAAACUCCUACUGACAAUGGCGAAUGUGAUCAGGACUCUUCCAUCUGUAGCACCCCCCCUUUGACACGUCCUGAUUCAGUUGACUUUGAUGUCAAGAGUGAAGAUGAAGAUCUCUCAAUAUCCUCAACUCCUCCAAUGGACUUCAUACCCCUUACUUCUAAGGUAAAGGCAAAGAAGGAAGAUCGCUCCUCUGACAUGCAGAGCUCCUCGUCGGCACCUUCCUCCCCAUUUUCUUUCAUCAAAUCCUUUAAGAACGUCGAGGAGGUUUCCUUCCAGUCCCUGACAAAUGAGGGUGACGAUAAAGCCAUCCCUUUCAAAGCAGACACAAGCUACAAGUUCAGCACUUUUCUCAUGAUGUUGAAGGACUUGCAUGACACUAGAGAGCGAGAGGGGACCCCUUUAGAACUUGAAAUUGGGCCACCAAGUGCACAUGUUAAGGAGGAACCUUUAGUGAUGCCUGGGGAGGCUACAUCCGCAGGCAUAGAUCCACAAAUUAGACAGGUUAAAAAGGAUUCAAAUUCAAGUCCAGACAAAAUUGAAAACAAACACAAGAAGGACAGCACAAGUCAGAUAUCCAAGAGGCCCUAUAACAGAAGAGUCAGCUCAACGAGGGUAAAAAAGAAAGCCAUCCGCAAAGUGCCUUGUCGUCCUGCCAGGUCUGGCCCUGGUUUCCCAGGACUGGAGUCCUUGUCCACUACAGACUCUUCAUCAGGACUCGAUUGCUCGUCAAGAGACAAGUCACUGUUCGGCAUAGAGACCAGCAGCUGGGAGAGGCACGCUGGAGGAGGUGAAGGAGUAGUUGUGGAGGAGGAGGAUACGUGGAGUACAGUAAAUGAGAAUCUACAGAACAUGGUGCCUUUGGAGCAGAGGGGAUGUGACACUACGCUGUGUCUGGAACAGCCAAAUGGUCUUGUUGCAGACUGCACUGAGACGACCACAAGCUUCUUGCACGACACUGGAGGAAGUGACAAGGCUCCAAAAGCACAUAAACGAAUAAGAAAACCAAGCAAGAGGCUGAUUGAAUGGACUGAAGAGUAUGAUCAGAUUUUUUCCACCAGGAAGAAAAUCAAAAAGCCUCUCCAGUUGAUUGGAAAGGAAACUCAACCCAUUAUGUCCGAACUCCCGGGCUCUGACAGCAGCUCACCCGACGACCAUCCCUCCCUGAACGUGCCUCCUGAAAUACAGACGCCACCUCCUGAGGAAAUUCCUACAACAACACCCUCUGAACUACAAAUACACAACACUGAAAACACAUCUUCCCAUGAUGCACCGGUACUUUCCAUCGACACACUAACCCCUCCUCCUGAAGCUGACCUUCUGCUGUCAGAAGGCCUCGUCAAAGGCAACGAAAGCGCUCCUGUGCUGGAGAGGAAGCGGAAGAGGAAACCCACUCAGAAGAUCCUGGAGUACUGUAUGGUGGCAGAGGCCUCAACGGGCUCCAAGAAAAAGGUCAAAACACUGAAGAACAACUCAAAUCCUGCUCCUCCAUCCGAUCCUGGACCGCCAUCUCUAAAAUCAAAGAGCCGGCAGCUCACAGCCUCCAUCUCCACACCGACACUAACAGAGGCUUCUUCCUGCACCACCACAGACCCUCCUCCCAAAUCUCCUGCCCCCUCCCCUCCAGCACCUGCUGCACCCGAACCCACGCUGGAGGAGACACCGUCAGCAGACAUGGAUGCUCCUCAAGCUGAGGACAAGAAGGAGGCAACAGAAUCAGAGGGUGAGCCGUCCUGCCUGGAUCACAGCUUCUCCUCCAUAAAGGACGACUUGUUGCUGUGUGACGAUCCACUGUUAGCCUCAAGGAAGAUCAUAGGGGACCGAGGAGGUCCGGCCUCCAUGAAGGAGAACAUUUGUCAGGUGUGUGAGAAGACGGGGGAGCUGCUGCUGUGUGAGGGUCAGUGCUGUGGAGCGUUCCACCUGCCCUGCAUCUCGCUGGCCCAGGCGCCUAAAGGGAAGUUUGUCUGUCCGGAGUGCAAGUCAGGAGUCCACACCUGCUUUGUGUGCAAAAAGCGCAGUGCUGACGUGCGGCGCUGCAUGAUUCCUGUGUGUGGGAAGUUUUACCACGGAGAGUGUAUCGCCAACUUCGCCCCGACCGCACCCGUGAACCGCGGUUUCCGCUGCUCCAUCCACGUCUGUCUCACCUGCUUCAUCACCAACCCCAACAGCCCCUCCGUCUCCAAAGGUCGUCUGGUCCGCUGUGUGCGCUGCCCGGUAGCGUAUCAUGCGACAGACCUGUGCAUGGCAGCUGGCACCAUCGUCCUCUCCAACAACAGCAUCAUCUGUCCCAACCACUUUGCCCCGCGCCGCGGCGUCAAGAACCACGAGCACGUCAACGUCAGCUGGUGCUUCGUCUGCACCGAAGGGGGGAGUCUGCUGUGCUGCGAGUCCUGUCCCGCUGCGUUCCACCGCGAGUGUCUGAAUAUGGAGAUGCCUAAAGGCAGCUGGUUCUGCAACGACUGCAAGGCGGGGAAGAAACCUCGUUACAAGGACAUCCUCUGGGUGAAGGUGGGCCGCUACAGGUGGUGGCCAGCGGAGGUCAGCCAUCCCAAAACAAUCCCAGAGAACAUUCUGCGGAUGAGGCACGACGUCGGGGAGUUUCCCGUCCACUUCUUCGGCUCCAACGACUACCUGUGGACUUAUCAGGCCCGCGUCUUCCCGUACAUGGACGUGGAUGCCAACAGCAGAGAGAAGAUGGGGAAAGGAGUUGAUGCCACCUACAGGAAAGCUCUGGAGGAGGCGGCUGUUCGAUUUCGGGAGCUGCAGGCAGAGAAGGAGCUCCGGCAGCUGCAGGAGGACAGGAAGAACGACAGGAAGCCUCCACCGUACAAACAUAUUAAGGUGAAUCGACCAAUAGGGAAGGUUCAGAUCUUCACGGCUGACCUAUCAGAGAUCCCGCGCUGUAACUGCAAGGCCGCAGACGAGAGUCCGUGCGGGAUGGACUCUGAGUGCAUCAACCGCAUGCUGCUCUACGAGUGUCACCCUCAGGUCUGCCCGGCGGGGGAGCGCUGCCUGAAUCAGGCGUUCAGCAAGCGUCAGUACAGCCAGGUGGAGAUCUUCCGGACGCUGUCCCGAGGGUGGGGGCUGCGCUGCGUCCACGACAUCAAGAAGGGUCAGUUUGUGAGUGAGUACGUCGGGGAGGUGAUCGACGAGGAGGAGUGCAGGUCCAGGAUCAGACACGCGCAGGAGAACGACAUCUGUAACUUCUACAUGCUGACUCUGGACAAGGAUCGAAUCAUCGAUGCCGGUCCGAAGGGGAACGAGGCGCGCUUCAUGAACCACUGCUGUCAACCCAACUGUGAGACGCAGAAGUGGACGGUGAGCGGAGACACCCGCGUGGGCCUGUUCGCUCUCAUCGACGUUGCUGCAGGCACAGAGCUCACCUUCAACUACAACCUGGAGUGUUUGGGGAACGGGAAGACGGUCUGUAAAUGUGGCGCUCCAAACUGCAGCGGCUUCCUGGGGGUCAGGCCAAAGAACAACCCUCCGUCUGACGAUAAAGGGCGUAAGAUGAAGAGGAGGGGUAGGAGGAAGAAGGUGCCGGUGACCAAAGAGCGGGAGGACGAGUGUUUCAGCUGCGGAGACGCCGGACAGAUGGUUUCCUGUAAGAGACCCGGCUGCCCCAAGGUCUACCACGCAGACUGCCUCAACCUCACCAAGAGGCCCGCAGGUCGCUGGGAGUGUCCGUGGCAUCAGUGUGAUAUUUGCGCUAAGGAGGCAGCGUCCUUCUGCGAGAUGUGCCCGAGCUCGUACUGCAACCUGCACCGCGACGGCCUGCUCUUCAUCUCCAAGCUGGACGGGAAGCUGUGCUGCAGCGAGCACGACCCCUGCGGACCCGACCCGCUGGAGCCGGGGGAGAUCCGUGAGUUCACGCCCCCGCCCAGAGCCUUGACCUCGGGGCUGGGCAUGGCCGUCAUCCCCUCUACUGCCCCGAACGCCUCCGGCACCGGCAGUCAGAACCAGAAGACCAGGAAGGUCCGGGAGGUCGUCACCGCUGAGACCCUUCCUGCUUUCUCCAUCCCGGUGCCCAUCACUAUCCCCGUCGCCGCGCCCGCCUCCUCGUCUCCUCCCAGCAGCCCUCCAGUGUACGACCUCCCCCACUACUCGCCGAUAUCCUCGUACGAAGAGGAGAGAGACGUAGAAGAGGAAGAGGAGGAUCUUCUGGAGGAAGUGGAGGAGGAGUCGGAGGAGGAUGAUGAAGAAGGCGAUGAGAGGAGCCAGAAAUCAGAAGAUGGAGAGGCAGUGAUGGAGUACGUGGAGAUCAAAGAGGACGAGGAAGAAGAAGAGGAGGACAACGAGGAUGAGGAGGAGGAGGAGGAGGAGGAGGAGGAAGAGGAGGAGGAGGAGGAGGAGGAAGAAGAAGAGGAAGAAGAGGAGUGACACACGUUGGAUUAUUAGACGAUUUACCGAUCACACAUAGCCCGGUCCGUCACUGUUUGUAUCUGAUGAGCUUGUGGAUGUUUGGAGGAACAUUUUAGGACAAAAAUAAAUCAACACAUAAAAUAAAUCCUUCAUAAAUAAAAAUAAAUACUGUACAUAACCAUAUUUAUACACAGACAGAUAUUAUUUAUUUAGUUUUGUCCUCACAAUCCUAACACUCUUGACGCAGUGACUUUGCACACACUGGCGCGGACUGCACCUUCAAACUCGAGAUCUCACAAAGAAAACUAUCUGGGACUUUGGAGACACAUUUCACAACAAAACCAUUUGUUCACCUGCCGGUUUGUUUUAGUAUUUGCAGUAUGUAGUCGGAGAGAGUCGCUGUAUCUGCAGUGUGUACUGUAGGUGUUUCGUGCUAGAGAAGACUCCUUCAGUCCGCGCUAACCUCGACUUGGUUGCAUUUGAAUCAAAUGGUGGCCACGUGUUUGAAAGACUCAGAAACAAUGAUCUGCUUUUAACAUUAGCACUGCUCCGAAUGACACAGGACUAAGGACUCUUAAACUAUCAGUUUAACGAUGUGUAAUUAUGAUUUUACUUGACCCAGAAGUCCUUUCUUCCAUUUCAUUCCCCUGCAUAUUUUCUAUGGUGCUUCAAAAUCAGAAAUAUGUGAAAGUGCCACAUGAUGGGUUGCCUGGUGUGGCUUCAAUAUGAAAUCCCUGACGCGAAGAAGAGGUUUCUGCUGGUUUUAGACCGAAGAUGGCAGAGGCAAGCAUCAACAUCUAACCAUUUCAUGCCAAAAAAACCUGACGAGGAUUCAGUGUGACUGAGAACAGUCGUGCUUCAGACAAAGUGUUUAUAUACCGUCACAGGACGCUAAAGCUCGUAGGAUAUUAAGCAGCUCUACAAGGAGACCUAGCAGAGACAGCACUGCUCUGUAGACACUAUGUAUGAACUGUUCUGUGAUGCUGAUGAAGACCAGGAGAUCAGAAUCAAAGGUCUUCAACGGGACGCUUCGAACAGACUCCCACCAUGACGCUUGCACUUGUUUUUUUUGCCAUGCGUGUUUCCGCUCUGUCUUCAAGCUUGAUAUGUGUGUUAUCUGCCGAUGCCUUAGAGUGUGUUUCUUUGGAGAUAUUUUGAAGGAAUGGUUUCCCUACUAAUGCCUUUUUACAGUUUCCCAACAAGCAAUGUUUCAUGCCUGUGUAAUUAUGACGUGUUAGAUCUCAACCAUUGACCCGUUAAAACGACUGCUAUAUAAAUAUAUAUGAAACAGAAAAUAUGAAAUAAGCUUCGUACUGGCCUCGUUCUUUUUUUAGAUUUCCUGUUCCGUGUAUUGCCUUUAUUUUUACUCAGACAUACAAAGGCUAAAUCCCCAUAAAAUCUAACAGAGCUUCAAGAUGUUAUUUCAACAAGCUUUAAUUUCACAGAACAUAUUGGUACUUAACAUCGCCCUCCAUGAAAAAUAUUGUGCAUCAAAAUUCAAACAAACGAAACAUCAACACGUCAAAGCAGCAACACGGAGGAACCAGAUAUCCUUUAUUUCCCCACGUCUUCCAGGCAGCAUAACUUAAAAAGGCAAUAAAUUAGAGUCCUUAAGUUAGACAAAGCUGUAGAUAUUGUUCUGAGGACAUCCGAGAGGACAGUUUGCAACACUCAACCACAACCUUUCUUUUUCCUGUUGGUGAAAUCUGCAGUUUUUCACCAGAGUAGAGGGGAAGUGUUUCUUAAACGCUUCGAAAAGGAACAUCUCACUGAAGCAAAGACUGAACGAAUAUUUUGCCAGUCACAUUU